UUUUAUACAACAAGUUGUCAAAAAUUACAUGGCAUCAAAUCAUCUGUCAUUAGUGUCAUUUUUGUGUCAAAUAAAAACAAUUUGAUAAUAAAAAAUAAAUAAAUAAAUGGCUGCAAUUCGCCAUUCGUUACAAAAAGAUGUGUUUCAACCGUUAGACGAACGAUUAUUAGCAGUAUGUCACGUUAGUAAGUUAUUAAAGAAAAAGAAGAUAUCAUUUUUAUGUGUUGUAACUACAGUAAAACCCCCGUAUACGGUCACAAUAUGUCAAGUAAAACAAAACGAUAAGAAUGUAUUUAAAAAGAAACGUUCCUGGCCAUUAUCCGAUUUAAAAAUCGUUGAUGGUAAAAACACAAAUUCCGAUAAUCAUGAAUUCGAUAUUCAUAUUGAUAAGACAUAUCGAUGGUUAGCAUCGAAUUUACAAGAACGACAGAAUUUCUUUAUCACUUUAUGGAAACAAUGUUGUAAACAUUUACCGAAACAGAAGCCUAUAUUCCGGAAUAUUCCCGAGAAUUGGAUCAGUGAGAUUGCAUUAUCGCCAGAGAAUGUUGUGACACCGGUUGAUAUUAAUAUCGAGAAUAUUGAAAUUAAUGAAGAUUUUCAAGCGAUUACGGAAAAAGAACAAGCGGAUUUAGCGAAAUUAAUUGAAGGAUGUGAUUUUGCUAUCAGUGAUGCGGAACGUUUUAUGGAAGUUUUGGCGAAAGAUUUAUCUAUUUUGGAUGGACAAAAUGUUCAAAUUAUUUUAGCGUCUGAGCAAAAAGUAGAAUCAUUAAUGCAACAAUUAGAAGUCGCCGAACAAGAAGCCAGUAUGAUAGAAUCUCGAUUAGCCGCUUACGAUGAAGUUCUAUGUAACGUACGCGAAGCUAUGCAAUCGGUUGAACAUAAAAAUUUAUUAAUUUCAAUUGCACAUCAAAAUAAUAAAAAGUUGCUACAUGAACUUGAAAAUAUAAUUAUACAAUUGGAUUUACCGAGUCAUCAUCAAGCUGUGCUAGACGAUCCAGAGUUAACAACACAAAAAGGUUUACAAGCUGCUAUAGCGGCUGGGAAAGCGUUACGUGCCGCUAUGAAUUGUUCGUUACAACCUGCGCUUUUGAAAUUAGCAGCUGUACGUGAACAACGAAAGCGAUUUGAACGUGCACAUGCAAAAUUUUCGAAAACAAUUUCACGACAUUUGAAUAAUUCAUUUAUCCAUUUGGGAAAUGACAUGGGAAUUACAUCAAACUCGCAUGGUAACGAAUUGCAACUUCCUCAACACAAUACCGUCCAUAAAGAACUCACCCCGUACACCGAGCUAAUGCAUUGGCUAAAAGUUAUGGACAAUAAAUCCUACAUGCUUUUACGUAAAGUUUACGAAGAUAAUUUAGGAAAACUUUACGAACGUGAUUUUAAAAAAUUCUUCGAAGAUGCUAAACAACAUAUCUCCGGUACGAAGCGAGGCAAUGGAUCACGUGAAGAUUUAAAUACAAUUUCUUCUUCGGUAUCUCGAUUACGUUUAACUUCCGGUAAACAGGUUAUAAUGGAAGGACCAUUAUUGGGUAUAGAACGUGAACAAUGGCCCCCACAAAGUUUAGAUAUGGAUCAAGCGGAACGACAUCGAUGUGAUGCGGUACUAGAACGAGCUCUAGCCGAAUUAGAACCAGUUUGUUUGAAAGAACAACAGUUUUGUGUUGCAUUCUUUCAAUUGGAUGUUCUAAGUCCGACAUCGAAAAAUAUGGAAACUACAUUAUAUGAGACAAUUAAUCGUUCAGAACCCGAUGCAACAGCUUUAAUGACGUCAUCCACAACGGUUAUACCCCAGAAACGGAUUGAAAAACAGAUUAAUGAAGAAGUUCGUCGUAUGAUGGGCGUAUUAUUUGCGUGCUUGGAACCGGAACUCAAUAAUUUUAUUGCACAUUAUGAAAAAUUAGAUAGUUUUUAUUGUAUGAAUGUUUUCGUACGACUCAGCCAACAUGUGAUGUCCGCUCAAGAUACCGGAUCAUUUUUAAGUAUGACCUUUGCAUCAGUAUUGGUACAAGUGAAACGAAAUUUUGAUGACUUUAUGAAAGCACAAAAAUCAUCAAUUGAAAAUACAAAAGUCAAUCGUAAAUCGAAGUGUGGUAUACUACCAUACGUAGAAAAUUUUGAAGAAUUUGCGAAAACCGCUGAAAGUAUAUUUAAAACACAUCGUCGUCCCGACAUUGAAAAAUGGUAUGUGAUUUUAGUUGCGAAAAUGUUUGAAAUGAUACCGAUUCAUGCUGCAGAACAUCAUAAAACACCACUCGAAGUUGUUAAAAUGGAAAAUUUCCACCAUUUGUAUGCCUUAUUAUCCCAGCUGAAAAUUUCCGUAUUGGAUGGACUUCGAAAAGAUGCGAAACAAAAAUAUAAUGAUGCGUUAAAAGCAUACGUUACGCAAUAUUUUGGACGUCCGCUAGAAAAAUUAAACCAAUUUUUCGAAGGUGUUCAAGCUAAAGUAAAUCAAGGUGUAAAAGAAUCGGAAAUUGGAUAUCAAUUAGCGUUUUCUAAACAAGAAUUGCGUAAAGUAAUUCAACAAUAUCCAGCACGUGAAGUUAAGAAAGGUUUAGAAAAUUUAUAUCGAAAAGUCGAAAAACAUUUGUCUGAAGAGGAAAAUUUAUUACAAGUUGUUUGGCGAGCCAUGCAAGAAGAAUUUAUAAUGCAAUAUAAAAAUUUGGAAGAGUUAAUACAACAUUGUUAUCCGGGCUCUAUGAUUGCGUUAGAUUUUACAAUUGAAGAUUUAUUACAUUUCUUUUCAGAGAUUGCUCGGUCUCACUAA